AUGCUUCUUACUGAAAAUUUAUCCAUUGAUCCUCUUAUUUCUGGUGGAGUUAUUCCCGAUGUCGUGGAUAAUUUUGUACUCGAGGCACUGCUUGAUAUAAAAUAUGGUGAAAAGAAAGUAGAAUUUGGUAAUGAACUUUCUAUUGAAGAAACCCAAAAAGCACCCGAUGUUAGUUUUGUGUUUGGUGAAUCAGAUCCAAAUUCUCUAUAUACAUUAAUUUUGACUGAUCCCGAUGCACCAAGCCGUAAGGAACCAACUAAAGGAGAAUGGCGUCAUUGGAUCGUUGGGAACAUUCCAUCUAAUGGAAAAUUGUCUGAAGCAACACACCUUGAUAAUUACCAAGGACCAGCUCCACCCCCAAAUACUGAUUACCAUCGAUAUGUGUUUUUGUUAUAUCGUCAACCAUUAAAUCAUCAACAAACUUCACAUAUCGAUUAUCCGGAUUUAAACAAAGUGGAUAGACCUAAUUUCAAAGCUCGCAAAUUUGCCGAACAAUACGGAUUAAAACUAAUCUCAUCCUGCUAUUAUCAAAGCAAGAAAUAUUAA